UUGGUUUUCAUCUCACUCAUAUGUGGAGGAUCGGAGGCAGCCAGACCUGUAGUGGGUUGCUAUGGCAGUAUUGUUGUUACUCUUCAAUGGUGUACUUAUUUUUCUCCUGCUACAUGUAGGUGAUUGCCUACAGGGGAAACCAAAUCUCUGUGAUUUAAGUUGUUCUGGAUUUCCUACCUCUGAAUUACUCUAUCAGAAAGGGGUGAGAUACACUUACAGGUAUAGCACGACAAUUACCAGCACCCUUCACGGCUCCACUGGUGGCAGGAAUGGUCUGGCUUUGGACUGUCUGGUUGAUAUUGACGUGGUCUCCAAGUGUCACCUAAUGAUGCAGAUAAGGAAUCCACAGAUAAAACGGCUUUCCCCUCAAAAGGAGCACUCUGUGCAGCAUUUAAAAAGUCUGAGGGAGUCACUGGAGAGAACACGCCUCAAGUUCUCCCUCCAGAGGGGGAAGGUCACGGCCCUCUGUCUGCAGGAGGGGGAGCAGGUGUGGGCUCUGAACAUUAAAAGGGCUCUACUGAGCAUGUUCCAGACGUCCCCCAUGGCUUCCAAACUGACAUUAGAAAAUGAGACGGAUGUGUACGGCACCUGCAUCAGCAGGUACGAGAGGCGAGGACUCAUACUGCUGAAGACCAGGGAUCUAAAACAGUGCCAUCAGUCCAGGCUGGCAAACUUCUGGCCUCAUUCAGUUGCUCUGAGUGAAGACACAUCAAUGCAUUUGGAGCUACAGUGUGCUCAGCGCCAUGGCUCUGUAAUGGAAGAGGUUAACUGUACUGAGGCUGUAUCCAUGAUGACAUGGUCCAGGACUACAGGGAUGGUGAAAACCCAAACAGUGUCUAAGCUACUCUUGCUCAGAGCCCAGCCAGGAAGUCCUCUAGGAGCAGAUUCCUUAGGCACUCGUGUGCCAGCUGACCUUCAGUUUGAGGAUGAAGGAGCUGCAAGGCUGGGAAAAACUAGACCAGCAACACCACAGGAAGUUGGUCAGACUGUCAGGAUGUUAUGCAGCCUCACCUCAGACCCACAACUGGUAUCACAAGAGUUUAUUCAACUGGUGUUCCAGCUGAAAGAUCUGACUAUCUCUCAGCUCAAGACACUUUGGCAAGAAGCUUCUUUCAAGUGCCGCAAUGACUGGCAGCCUCUGUUGGAUGCACUGCCGGCAUGUGGAUCUGAAAACUGCAUCAUAUUACUGACUGACCUGAUGAGGAACAAAGAGGUGGAAGAAGAGCAGGCUCUCUCUCUCCUUACCACCAUAGCCCUCGUCCCUCAUCCUUCGUCAAAGAUCAUCUCCUCCAUCAAUGCUUUAACAGAGCUCCCAGAGCUGCGGUCCAAGACUCUGUUGGUUGGAUCAUCUCUAGUCUAUCAGUUGUGCCGGAGGUCUCAAAACUCCUGCACUGAGCUUUCUCAGGUACAGACCUUUAUGCAGAUCCUUGAGAAACCCCUUCAGGAGGGCUGUGAAGGAGUAGAACCCACUCAGGUGCAAGAGGUUCUUUAUGCUUUAAAAUCAGUGGGAAACACUGGUGUGUCUGCUUCUGCCUUCAUUCCCCUGCUAAGCCGUUGCAUGCUGAGCUCCUCAGCAGCCCUGCAGCUUAGGCUUGCUGCAAUCCAUGCCUUCAGACGCUUUCCCUGCUCAGCUGAUAGGUCUGUGCUGUUGCAGCUGUACAGCUCUUCCCAGGAGGAUACUGAGGUCAGAAUCGCCGCAUACCAGCAGCUCAUGCGUUGCUCUGACCUGGAUGUGUUUGAAGUGGUGAAGACGACCCUGAGGAGUGAAACUUCCAGUCAAGUGGGCUCAUUCGUGUGGAGUCACCUGACUAAUGUCCUGAGGAGCGAGGACCCCGCAAAGCAAGCCCUCAUUGAGUCGCUGCCCGACGACAUUAUCAGCAGAGAUUUUGAAGCCGAGUUUUUAAAAUAUUCCUCCUAUUCAGACUAUACUGUCUCAUCAGCCGUCGGAAUCAAGAAUGUGGAAACAUCUCUAAUUUUCUCCCCAAAAUCAUUUCUACCAAGAUCUGCUUCUGCCAACUUGACCGUGUAUUUUCAUGGCAGAGCCCACAACCUUCUAGAGGUGGAUCUUCAUGUUGAAAAUGCUGAACCAUUUUUAAAGAGCAUCUUUGGGCAGCAGCAGACAGAGAGAGAAAACGCAGCUCAAAGUGGAAAGCACGAGGCCAGGAGCACAGGGAGAAAGACGGAUGAUGGGCGUAGAGGAGAAAAAGAGACGUGUUUAUCGAGCACUGACAGCUACCUGAACCAGGCCCGAGAAAUGUUUUCUGGAAGAAAGAAAAUGGAUGCGAACAUGCCCAACUGCUGGGUCGGUGUGAAGGUGUUUGGGAAUGAGCUCAGCAUGUUCACAUGUGAAGAUCUCUACAAUCAAAUCAACCAGGUGUCGCUGAGCAUGGCUGGACUGGCUGUCAGACUGCUCAAGGGUCACGAGGUGCAGCUGAACCACAGAUCCAUGUUGAUGACAGAGGAGCUGGCUUUGCCAUCUCUGUCUGGUUUACCCAUCAAACUGGGCGUCAACAUGACCUCUCUUCUUUCACUGCAUCUGAAAGGCAGAGUCAAUUACAGGGAUUAUUCCCAUUUCUCCCUGAAUGGAUACAUCAAACCCAAUGCCUAUGUGAGUCUCUCGGCCAGGAUGGGGGUUGACGGGGCUCUGGGUCAGGCUGCGGUGGAGUGGGUGGCUGAGCUGAGGAGCUCCACGAAUCUGGACGGCAGCAUCCAGCUGCAGGAGGGGCAAGAUUUCAGGGUCACGCUUAAUACACCCGAGGACUUAAUGGACAUCUUCUCUCUCAGCUCGAGAGUGUUUCAGCUCAGUGGAGACCACAGAGAGGAGAUAAAGGGGCCAAAGAGUCGAGUACAGAAGACCACCUGCACACCGAAAACCUGGUCCAAGAUGGUGGGUUGGCAGCUGUGCUCCAACACCUCUUACCCAUCCCUUGCCACAGGUGUUGCUUUCCUCCCCUCUGGACCAGUGCACCUCUCCUUCAGACUGCUGAAGCUGGACAGAGGCCUCCAUUACUAUCUGCUUGAGGCUGCUUACUCAGUACAUCAUCAGAGAGGGACCUGGCUUCCCAGGGAGGCCUCCAUCCACCUCCUGCUAGCCACUCCUCAGUCCUCCAUCCCGAGAGACAUGUCUCUGGAUCUGGCCUUCAGCCCUCGCAGACUGCUGCUGAAGAUCAUUCAUCCUCUGAAAAGCAUCCAUAUACAUGGUCAACUUGAGCAAGAGAGGAACACUAAGUCAGCAAAGCUGGAGCUCAUGAUUGAUGGUGUUCAUCAUUACAUCAUGGGUUUGAUGGACACCCAGACCUUCCUGUCGGAGCAGAGGACUCGCUACCACCUUGAAGCCAAGAUGGCCCCCGAUCGACAUCCCAUGAUCCUCUCUGCUAAUAUAACUCGUGGGCUGGGGGGCAAAACAAGCUUUUCUGCCACUGUGAAAAAUGUCUUCAGAGAGCCUGCAUCACUGUUGGUGGCCCUGGAACGCAGGCGGGAUGGCAGCAGCAAGCAGUACUCUGUGGAGGCGGAGCUCCUCCUACCUGGUGUAGUCGGCAGCAAGACGCUCGGGGUGAUGGAGCAGAGGGGCUCACUGUGGAGCUCUGUGCUCAGGCUCAAGUAUGAUUUGGGAGUUGAUGCUCGCCACCUCCAUCAGGAGUGCUACACAUCUCAGAGAGUGAGGAGCGAGAGGGAUGCAAACCUCACAUACAUCAUGAGAGCCGAUCAUGAAUUCUACUGCACCAGCACCGCUCCUAUUAACCAUAAGAUCCACCUCAGGCAUGAGGAAAGCUUGAGCCAUGUUAAAUCAUCUUUGGAUAUUAGCUACGGCAAACACUGGGAUGAGAUAAACAACAAACACACGCUUCUCCUGAGCCAGUCUUUCAAAAACCAGUCCACAGAGAAUCACACCCACUACACUCUGGAGUUCAAUCUCCAGGCACCGGAGAAAAACAUGAACUACAGGACUCAGCUGCUACACUCUCACCUGACACAGCAAGGCUCUGAGAGAAGCACUCAUUUAAAAAUCAAUUACAACAAUCUGAUGCCGCUGGUGGCUGGAUUACACUGGAAAAACCCUCCUAAAGAUGCCCUGCACAAGAUAUGGGAGGGAUCGUUUAAUAUGGACACACCAUGGCUGUACAUUUACACUGCACAUAAGUUAAACCAGCUGCAGAGCCAAACGCUGCAGCUGACCUCUGAGCUGACAGCCAGCAAGUGGCUGACCAUCCGUAACCUGGUCCUGGAGGGUUUUUACAGGGACAGGGGGAGAGAGAAGGAGGCCCGAUUGGAGCUCUACACGUCAGCAAUCACCUACAUCCAAGCGGGGGGCUGGGGUUUGCUGGGUAAGCGGAGUGUGAAGGCCUCGUGCUCCUUGAGCUCGCUGUGGACUCCUCCCCUCCAAGGAGACAUUUCUCUGGAGGCCUCUAAAUUCAGCCACACCCUGCAAAUGGCCUCCACCUAUGGCAAGCAAAAUGUAACCCUCGCUGCUGCCCUGACCGCUGCUGAUAAGAAUUUGAAAAAGAGGCAAGGGAUUCUGAAGAUGAUCUACACAAAUCCAAAGAGUCUACCCACUGAAGUGGAGCUCGAGGGAGUAGUAGAGGAGCUGAAGAACGACAAGAGGAUGUAUAAGAAAACUGCCAUGCUCCAGCUCAGACAGCCCUUCCAGACCUUUCCUCCAACUCUCCUCCUCCGGGAGACUUUCACCGUCGACCUCCUCAAUGGCCUCUACGUCCUAGAGUCCAAAGCUGGUUUCAGUGACAACAGAGAGGUCGUCCACACCCUGACCCUGGGCUACCGACCACCGAGCCCUUUUGUUUGUUCUGCACUCAUCCACCCUUUCAGCGCCGACGCUAUUCCAUCAGACUCGGAAAUCUGUGUGACCGUAACCAGCGACCAGAACCAGAGAAAUAUACAAGGGAGGUUACGAGUUGGAAGCAAGGAGAGACUGACUUUCUCGGGGCAGCUUCAGCUGAACCCUACGCAUUCAACUCACCAAGCAAUAAAAGUUAAAGGCAACUUUUUCCAUCAGCUCCAGCUGCAGCUCCCCUCCUCUGCUUUAAUAGAGGGAGAUGUACUUUGGACCCCAAAAAGCAACAAUGACUUUGAUUACCAGGCCAAAGGGAAACUAAGAAUAGAGCGGCAAGAGUGCCAGCUUUCUGUGCAGCUGAAUGGAACAUCAGGCAGAGUUGGUCUGUAUUCAUCUCUUCGUCAUCCCUUCAAGUCAAAGAUUCCCAAAACAUUAGAGGCGUCUGCAGACAUGUCCAUGGUGACUGGCAAAGGGAGCAGCUCGGUGCAUGUGAGGGCUGACGGGAAGGACAAGCUGAAGCUGAAUGCGGACAUGUCCCACUACAUGCAGACGGGAGACAGAGCUGUAGGGCUGAGGCUGAACUUAUCCCAGAGCCUGCUACCUACAGCCACGGAUCUACAUGUAAACAUAGCAGGGAACGUGUCCUCAGACAGUGUCUUUCUACGUGGCUCCUUCACACAGGGAAUGCAGGCUCUGCUGGCCCAGCUCAAGGGGUCUUUAAAACACUCACAGGGGAUCCAGGUGGCUGUGACAGGGGACUUGAGGCACACGGUGACCAGCCUAGAUUUCUUGCCUCCAGUCCUCGGGUUGGAUGGAGCAUUGGGGCAGUCUGACAGUUUAAUCGAAGGACAGCUGAGAGUUAGAUUGAUGGAGAUAGUGUACAGCGUGGAGCUGCGACACCAGCGAGAUCCCGGAGCAGCUUUGGAAGGAGACGAUGAAGAAGGGAUGAUGGAAAAAAGGUUCCACAGGACCCACGACUGGCUGUGUGUUUGGUCCGGGGAGGAGCAUUUGUGUGUGAAUGCAAGCCGCCAGCAGGGGAAUCAAGGGACAGGAGAGGUCUACACACGACUUUCUCACUCUUUCCAUGUGCUGAGAGCCACAGGUGUACCUCCUAACAGUAGUCUUGAGGCUAAAUGGGCCCAGGAAGGUGAUGGAUUAUCAGUCCUGGGAGAGCUGCAGGUUGGACUUGAACAUCUUAGAGCGGAGUUUCAUGGAGGCAGGACAGACCACACCAACCCCCAGUGGGUAUUCUCCUCUAGGCUGCAGCACCAAGUCGAAGCCCUGCUUAAAAGAGGCCUGACACCCUCCUUUGAGGCUAAAGCGCAUUACCAGUCAGAAACAGAAGGACUGGACACAGGUUUGGUCCUUUACAUGGAAGAUGUGAGAGUUGCUGACAUCCUUUUAAAAGUUGGAUCAAUAAAUACAACACCUAUUUUGGUAGUGUCUCUAUGGCAACAGAUGAUGCUGCUCCAAGGACUCGUACCCACUUCCUUACAGAUGAACUGCACAGGGGACGUCACCGCAGACAGGCUCUCCGCUCACUGCUAUGGAAAUGUGGCAGACAGCCCGGUGGAGGCUCUCCUGCCUCCACAGACCUCAUUCAACGUCUCCAUCACUCAGUCUGGCUGUUCCACAGAUCUCAGCACUGUCCUGCAGGCUGAAGGAGCACAGAAAGGCAGUCUAAACCUGUCUCUAACUUGUGAUCCUCAGCUUAGUCUCCGGGCAUCUGUACAGCACUCAAUUGAGCCAAUAAAGAAGCUGCAAUUUCCUACCCACGGAGAGCUAUACCUAAACGUCUCAACUGCCCUUCUGCCUGGUGUGGAGGUCGGCCUGGAGGUCGGACGUUGUUUCUUUAGGGGUAACGUAGGGAAAGUCAAGGCUUCACAGACAGAGACUGAGCAGACUUCUUACACUGUUAAUGUGAGCAGCUUCUGUCCUCUGCAGGGAAUGAAACUCCCUGUGUCCCUGGCUCUGCGGGGCUUCCUCAAGAUUAUUCCUUGCCAGCUGACUCUGUCCGCCUCUGUGAAGGCGGAUAAUCAGAACCUCUCUCUAGACAUGAGCCAGUCCUGCAGGAGUCCAAACCUUUCUGGGGCCCUUACUCACUCCUUUCUCUGGCUGAGUGGUCAGGGUCUACCACAGAUCAUUUCUAUAGAUGCUAGUGCUCCUGAAGGCCCUGAACAGCCUGGAAGUCUCUUCAUCAAAGUUGGGACGUGUCACAUUAGAGCCACUCAAGUUGUGGAAACCAGAGGACGAACAGAGUGGCUACUGGCUCUGGAGUCUAUGUGCCCUCUGUUACAGGCUAAUAUAAAUGGGUCAGUACAGCAGGAUCCUCGGGGUAUCUGGACACUCAUGCUGGGCACUGAUAUGGAGGGCAGAAGGGGUUUUCUGAGGCUUAAUGCAAGGGCCUGGCCAGAGCUCAGUGUGGAUGGUGAACUCAGCCAUGACCUUCCUGCUCUCAGAGAUGUGCCUAGAAACAGCAGACUGAGACUAAGCACCAGGUCAGGAAAACUACGAUUUGACGCCGAAGCCCUCGUUCAGAUGGAGGAGUGUGCCGUCACAGCCAGUGGAGCUGUGAUGUCCCAGCUGGGCCUGCAGGGGUCGCUGAUGUAUCACAACAACUGUACAAUGAUUCAGGAGUUGGGCAGUCCAGACAGGAUGCAGGCCUCUGGGUCUCUGGUUGUGUCUUCAACGUCUGCUGAAUCCCAGCUCUCAAUGGCGAUCGACAACGCCAGGUUGCACACUUUAGUGUUGGUCAAUAAAACCAAGGACGAAAAUGAAGCGACUCUUAAUCUAAACCACUCUGUGCCCCUGUUGAAGAAGCUGGGUCUCCCGCUAAACGCUGCAGUGACAAUGAAUUCUGGGAGUCACAGGAAUGGUUCACACUUUUACACAUUCAACAGCAGUGCAGGAAAUCAAAUGGUAAGUCAUGCUGUGUCUGUGGCAAAGACGUCUGACACAGUGAGAGUAAACAGUCAUUUUAGACACACAGUGAAUUGUCUGAAGAAGCUGGGAGUCUCCGUCAACAACAGCAUCCAGGUGGAGUUUGGUUCUGCUGAGGGGAAAGGCAUGAGCUUACAGUCCCAGUUUGGUGGUCAGCUGGCAGGACUGAGGCUUAAGAUGAAAAAUGUUCCCAUGACCAAAGAAAUAAGAGGAACCAUGUGGCACAGCUGGUCAUGGCUACACGACAGAGGCCUGCCAUCUAAUAUAGAGGGUCUUUGCUCCAUCCAAGGAACCUUCUCUCAGCAUCGGUCCAGGGCUCAGCUCACUGUGGAGGGACACAAGCUGCUCACAUCUGGCUUGAAUUUCAGUGGCACCAAUGGACAUUUGUCUGUUCUCCUCUCCUACUCUCCUCCAGCUUUCAAUCAAACAAGAACUCAAUGCCAUCUGGACGCCGUCCUCACUGCUCAGUUCAAAGGCCCUCUGAGGAGCGCUUUAUUAGACAUUCGAAGCCAGGAUUGGAGGGUCAGAGCGGUGGGGGAUGUUGGUGUUUGGGGCGCACAUGGAGGAACUAAGGAGGCCAGAAUCACACUGAAACAGACAGUACAGGGACAAGCCACUCCUGCUUUUCAGGUGGAGGCCUGGGGAAGACUUACUGAGUCACAGCUGAGGUGCUCCAUGGCUGUAAACCCUGAACUCAGCACCUCACUUGCACUCAUUGUCCAGGGACACCAUGUCCCUCAUAGCAAGGACCUGAUGGUGAAGGUGGUCCAGAAUAUCCCCACAAUGCUGGUCUACCUGCCUUCUCAGACCAAUGUCCGAACGCAGUUGAACCACUCUCAGUCCACUGUGGUGGGUUUGGUGGAGGUGAUGUCAGGCAGGAGGAAGCUGUGGGCUGUUGGAGAGCUGGCAGCGAUAGAGAGCGGAUACAGGCAACUUCUAGAGGUCAAAAACUCGUACCCACAGUUGAAGCCACUCCCCAGGACUGCUGCAGUGAGGACAGUGUACGAGGCUCGGAAAUGGAGCUACCAAGUUCAGCAAGCUGCUGUGUGGGGAAGCCAGGAGUUCAGCUUGUCUGGUCUGUACUCUGCUCCACCAGCACUGGAGAUGGGAAACCAGACAAUCAGGGUUCAGAUCACCUGCAUCCCCCGUUUGACUAAUUUGGAUGUGAAGCUGGAGCGUUCGCUAAAUGCAGGACUGGAUAGUGUUUUGCUGGACUGGAUGAGGCAUGGACAACUGGAGCAGGUCAGAGUUCUGAGCUCGUGGAAUCGCUCGGAGGACAUAAAUACAACCAAACUGGAGCUGAAACAACCAUUCACCUCUGCGCUCAGACACCUGUCGCUGCACACACUGACGCAAAGCUCACGCAGAGACCGACGCAGCAGCCACCAGGUACAACCAGAGCUUCACACAGUUGUCUUAUAUUUCGUCUGGGUAUAA